AUGGAAGGUCUGAGCAAGCUUGAGAGCUCGAUUCGUUCAGCAACGUGUGGCGAUGCUUCUCACUCCAGCUCAGCACAUCGAGGUCUGCGAAAGUACUCACGACUGUAUAAAUUUCGUCCUCGGUAUCCGCCAUUUCUUCGCGCCGUUCAAAUACUCUAUGCCGGGGCCGUCCUUACUCCGACCCUCGUUCAAAGCCGUUUCCUUCCACACAUCACCAGCCACUUGUCAUUGGUGUUCAAAUUUCCUGUUGUGCCUGCGCCUACCUACUCUAACAGUAGGCUAUUCGCUCCCGUGUUCGUGCUCUGGCUAAGCCAGCGCCAAGUACAGUAUGGGUCCGACUUGGAAGCCACGGAAAUUCAGCAUCAAUGCCCAAAGCAGCGCUCUAUCGACGCUGCUGUCGCUGUGAGCCCUGGAACGGAAGAUGUGGACCACACGUUCUAA